AAUAUCGCUGCUGUCGCAUUUAGUUCUGGUAACACUCGAGUAUAUUACCAAGAUAGUGCGGGCAUGCUGAUUGAGGCGGCAAAGUCAACCAGCAGCAGUCCCUGGGGCAUUACCAAGGUUGGAUUGCUAGAGAAGAAUAAUAGUGCAUUAGCAGCCGCCGUUUCACGUCCUGGAUUUCCAGCGGAAAUCAGUGUCUUCUACACCGACAACAAUGAAGUGCUUCAUGACCUCAUCUACAAUUCCACCUCUCAGAAAUGGAAUCAAGGUAUUAUAUCUCAAAAGAACUACAAAGCUUACCCCAAUUCCACCAUGUCUGCUAUGUACAACCAAUGUCGACUCUGUUCCAAUACUUUAUUCAUGACUUUCCAAGACCAAAAUGGCUUCGUACAAAUGGCCAAAUUCCAGGACUCAGGAUGGACAUCGUCCCAGCUUGAUGUUGAUCCUGUUCUUCGGACAGGACUAGCUUUGCUGCCAUCCUACAAGGCCAACCGGACAGACAAUAUUAUGCUUUUUCACCAGAAGAGUAGUCUGGCUAUCAGUCUUGCGAAUUGGGACUCAGUUUCGGGAUGGAACUUUAGUAAAGAAAUAUACAGUCAAGCUCCAAGGGGGACACCUAUUGCUGCUGCGUCGUCGUACUCCAAUGUUACGGCAGGAUAUGAGACUUGGAGACAACUGUUGAAAUUGUCUAAGGAAGGCGUAGAAGUCAGCACUUGGUCAGGAGCUCAGAAUGAUUGGCUCGGAUAUGACUACAAUCACACGGCUUUUGCGAACGAGACUGGAACAAAUGUCAAAACGUAUGGUUCCCUUGCAGUCACUGCUAUUGGCAGUGCAUAUGCAGUCGUUGAGAGUCCUCCUGGAAACUUCUCCAUCCAGUCAUAUCAGAUGAGUGACAGAUUGAAUGGUUGGCAGAGAACAGGGAAUGUGACUACUUGGGAUUGAAGGUGCGACUUCAAAGGAUGCAGGAUAACAGAUCAAGAGGAACAGAGGGUCAGAAACAAAAGAUCACGAGUUUGAAGGAUAAUAACGG